CGGCGGCGCUCAGGGGUACGGGUGCCAAGUUGAGCGGCCCGGGAUGUGUCUCCUGGUCGGGGCUGCAGGAGUCGGGAAGACCCUGCUGGUGAAACGCCUGCAGAAUAUCCUUCCGCAGCACGUGGGCAGGCAGGGCCCCCGGCAGGGCGGGGGACACACCGGGGUGAUCCGGGACGGGAACUCCGUCCUCAGCCUCACUCAUGCCCUUGACCACCCGAACAGCUGAGCUCGGGAGAUGGCGAGGGCGGCCUGGGGGAGCCUCCGCCUACGCGGCCCACGGGCCCAUCUCUGUGGUUGACGUUGGCCUGGAGCCCCAGAGAGCUGCUGCUCUUGGUGGCGAGCCCUGCGGAAGGGCUUGAACGGUUGUCACUCUCGAGGUUUAGCCACCCCCCACCCACCCACAUCGCAGAGCUGCCAUCUAGGAAUUCACAAUGGCACAGCGCUUACACUGGUCGCUGUGCGCCGUGGUUUUUUUUCCCCAAAGGUGGGCACCAACCUCACUGACAUCGUGGCCCACAGGAAGAUCACCAUCCGAGAGCUCGGGGGUUGCAUGAGCCCCAUCUGGUCCAGUUACUAUGGAAACUGCCAUUCGCUCCUGUUCGUGAUGGAUGCCUCUAACCCCACCCAGCUCUCUGCAUCCUGCAUGCAGCUCUUGGGUCUCCUUUCUGCAGAAGAACUUUCAAAAGCCUCGGUCCUGAUACUCUUCAAUAAAAUUGACCUUCCCUGUUACAUGACCAUGGAGGAAAUAAAGUCAUUAAUCAGGCUUCCAGACAUCAUUGCCUGUGCCAAGCAGAACAUCACCACAGCAGAAAUAAGUGCCAGGAACGGCACUGGCUUGGCGACGGUACUGCUCUGGCUCCAGGAGCAACACAAAUGCAGCAGCUGACUGCAAGAUGGAGAAUUAUGGCUGACCCACCCAGUGCCUAGACGACCAAGAGUGACAGGCGGCCUCCGAAGGUCUGUUCGAGAGAAGCAGACCCACCCAGAGCAUCCCUAAGUGAUAGGGACCUAUGCAGCGAUGGGUGAACAAGCAUACGCUGUAGACACUACUGUCAGCUUGCCUCUGAAGAAUGUCCCCAAGACUGGGAGAGGACAGAACUGCAGGUGGCUGGAUGUCUUCUUGCCAUCUAGAUAAAAGUGCUGCUGGGACUCCCACCAGGAAACUCUGGACCUAUGCCUGAGGGCUUUGGACUGUACUGCUCCACUGAGACCAGAUCUUUUUGUAGUACAAGCUCUGCCCUUCUGAGUUUGAUAUUCUGACCAUGUUCUCCAGAAAAAAAUAUAAAGUUCAUGAAGUGAGUAUAA